AUGGAUUCCGACCUCAUGGAGGACUCCGUCUUCAAUGACGACUUCGAGAAUGAGUCAGACGCAUUCUCGCCCGAGCCGCUCCCCAAAGCCAAGCCCGCCGCGAAGAAGGCUGCUACAAAACCUGCUACAAAGCCCGCCACCAAGGCGGCACCCAAGAAGAUGGCCCAAACAACAUUGAAGACCACCAAGACUGUUCCCAAGAAACGCGCCAAACCUGAGAGCGACGACGACGAUGACGAGUCUGGUUUCUCCCACACCCCGCCCAGCGCCAAGAAGCAGAAGAAGGCCCCCGCAAAGAAGUCUAGCGGCAAGCCCCUGGUCGAGAUCGAGAAUGACAGCAUGCAACUCGAUGGCUCCCCCGACACAAAGCCCAAGGCCAAGACUGCGACUGAGACAUACCAGAAGUUGACGCAGCUGGAGCACAUCCUCAAGCGUCCCGAUACUUACAUCGGUUCCAUCGAGCGCAUGGAACAGCAGAUGUGGGUCUACAAUAAGGAGUCAAAUCAGAUGGAAUUGCGGCCCAAGGUCAGCUUCGUUCCUGGUCUGUACAAGAUCUUUGAUGAGAUUCUUGUCAAUGCUGCCGACAACAAACAGAGAGAUCCUAGCAUGACAUUCAUGAAGAUUACCAUCAACCGCGAGGAAGGCCAGAUCAUAGUCGAGAACAACGGAAAGGGUAUUCCCGUCGAGAUUCACGACAAGGAGAAGUGUUAUAUUCCAGAGUUGGUUUUCGGUCACCUCCUUGCCGGUUCCAACUUCGAUGAUGCCGAGAAGAAGACUGUCGGUGGUCGAAACGGUUACGGUGCCAAGCUUUGCAACGUAUUCAGCACCGAGUUCACCCUCGAAUGUCAAGACUCCAAGAAUGGGAAGCGAUACAAGCAGACCUGGAGAGACAACAUGGGCAAGGUGGAAAAGGCCAAGAUAACCAGCAACAAGACCAGCGACUUUGUUCGUGUCUCCUUCAAACCAGACUGGGCCAAGUUCGGCAUGGAUGACGGUAUUGAUGACGAUCUCGAGUCACUACUUCACCGCCGUGUCUACGAUAUGGCUGGUACCGUACGCGGCAUCAAAGUCUACUUGAACGAUACCCAUCUCAAGCUGGACUGGAAGAAGUACUGCGAGAUGUACGCCAAAGCCAUCGCACAAGAGCGUGGAGCCGAAGAGGGUGCUGAGGCCAGUACGACGGUCCUUCUGGACGACCAUAAGGCCCAUCCGUAUUGGGAAAUCGGCUUCGCCGUCUCAGAUGGGUCAUUCCAGCAGGUUUCCUUCGUCAACAACAUUGCCACUACUACGGGUGGAACUCACGUCAAUUACAUUGCCGAUCAGAUCUGCGAGUCCCUGUUGAAGACGUUGAACAAGAAGAAGAAGGGCCACUCUCUCAAGGCCAACCAUAUCCGGAACCACAUCUUCAUCUUCAUCAACUGCCUGAUCGAAAAUCCAACUUUCAACUCACAAACCAAGGAGCAGAUGACCAAGAAGGCGAGCACGUUUGGCAAGAAAGGCGUAUGCCACUUGACGGACAAAUUCCUCAAGAAGAUCGGCGAGACAGAUGCAAUCAACAACAUCAUCCACUUUGCUGAACAAAAGGCUGACAAGUUGUUGGCCAAGAGCGAUGGCAACAAGCGAUCCAGGAUCAGCAACGCAAAGCUUGUCGAUGCCAAUUUGGCUGGCACCAAGCAUGGCCCAGAUUGUACUCUGAUCUUGACCGAAGGAGAUUCUGCCAAAAGUUUGGCUGUGGCUGGUCGUGCCAUCUUGGACCCAGAUCGCAUCGGAGUGUUCCCGCUUCGAGGAAAGAUGCUCAACGUCCGUGAUGCUUCUAUCGACCAGAUUUCCAAGAAUUCUGAAAUUCAAAACAUCAAACAGUUCUUGGGGUUGAAGCAUAAGCAGACCUACACCGACACCAAAGGCCUCCGGUAUGGACACUUGAUGAUCAUGGCAGAUCAAGAUCACGACGGUAGCCAUAUCAAAGGUCUGCUGAUCAACUUCCUCCAGGUCCAAUACCCUUCGCUCCUCAAAAUUCCGGACUUCUUUCAAGAGUUCAUCACACCUAUUGUCAAAAUCUGGCAGGGACCAAACCCAAAGAAGCCCCUCAAGUUGAAGUCGUUCUUUACUCAACCUCAGUACGAGGAGUGGAAAGAGUCGCACAAGUCCGAAGUCAAACGGUGGCAUUCCAAGUACUUCAAGGGGUUGGGUACCAGCUCCAACGAAGAUGCUCAGGUGUACUUCAAUGACCUUGAUAAUCACUUGAAGCAGUUCAACGUCAUGCAACCGACUGAAGCCGAAUUGUUCGAACUUGCCUUCUCCAAGAAGAAGGCAGAUGCUCGCAAAGAGUGGCUGGGCAAGUUUGUGCCGGGAACCUUUCUUGACCACUCGACCAAGAGGGUUAGCUAUGACGACUUUGUCAACAGAGAGUUGAUCUUGUUCAGUAUGGCCGACAACAUGCGUUCUAUUCCCUCGGUCGUGGAUGGCUUGAAACCAGGUCAGCGAAAGGUAAUCUAUGCCUGCCUGAAGCGCAACCUGACCAAGGACAAGAAAGUCAUCGAGUUGGCUGGUUAUGUCUCUGAGCAGACGGCGUAUCACCAUGGUGAGAUGUCUCUGCAGCAGACCAUCAUUGGUCUGGCCCAGACCUACGUCGGGUCCAACAACGUGAAUUGUCUGGAGCCCAGUGGAAACUUCGGAUCUCGACUUGCGGGCGGCUCGGACGCUGCCAGCGCACGAUACAUUCAUACUCGUCUUUCACCCUUUGCCCGUAAGGUGUUUUGCCCGCUAGACGAACCAAAUCUGGAACAAAAUGUCGACGACGGCAAAAAGAUCGAACCAAAGGUAUAUGCCCCUGUCAUCCCAAUGGUCUUGGUGAAUGGCGCAGAUGGUAUCGGCACUGGCUGGAGUACCUCCAUACCGAACUACCACCCGAUGGAAAUCAUCAGGAACAUUCGACGACGCAUGGGUCGUUUCGAGGGUGAUGAGGAGGAGAGACCUUUCGAGACAAUGACCCCCUGGUUCAGAGGAUGGAAGGGCACCUCGUUUCAAGCUGCUGAUGCCAACCGGUACCAAUUUAACGGCAUUGCGUACCAGGAUGAGAAGAAGCCCAAUGAGGUGAUCAUUAGCGAGCUGCCCAUUCGCAUGUGGACGGACGACUUCAAGGCGAGACUGGAAGACAUCAUCCGUGCUGAAAAGGCACCGUCCUUCAUCAAGGACUACAAGGAGUUCAACGACCAUCAGAAUGUCCACUUCGAGAUCCAAAUGGACGAGAAACACAUGACAAAGGCCUUGGAAGAAGGCCUCCUCGAAAAGUUCAAGCUUGUCAAGCAAGUGGCCACCUCCAAUUUGGUUGCAUUUGACACCCGUGGUAUGAUCCGCAAGUACGAGAAGGUUGAGGACAUUCUGGAAGAAUUCUACCUGUUCCGAAUGGACAUGUACACCAAGCGCAAGACCCAUUGGCUCGGCGUCUACCAUUCAGACUACCGAAAGCUGAAGAACCAGGCCCGGUUCAUCCAAGAGAUCAUGGACAAUAAGCUUGUGGUAUCACGCAAGAAGAAACAGAUCAUCGUUGGGGAACUUCGCGAGCGCAAAUACGAGGCAUUUGCCAAGAACAUAGACGCAAAGAAGACCAAGGAAGAGGAAGAGGAAGAGGAAGAUGAGGCCAACAACAACGCUAACGACGAGCUCAAGGAGGACAUUGAGAAUGAUGAAGGCGCACGAGGCUAUGAUUACCUCCUUUCGAUGCCCAUCUGGUCCUUCACACAGGAGCGUCUUGAUCGUCUCAAAGAACAGAUUGCCAAGAAGAAGGCUGAGCACGAUGAACUGGAGGCCCUCAGUGAGAAAGAUCUGUGGUGCAAAGACCUCGACGACUUUGAAGCCGAAUGGGAGACCCAGCUUCGCCUCGAUGCUGAGAUCAGCACCGGUAUCCGCCGAAUGGGACGUCGCACAUCCAAGAAGAUUGGUGCCGGUCGCGGUCGUAAGGCAAAAGGCGAUGACGACUUCAUGCCUAGUGUUCCCAAGUCAAGAGCUGCUCCCAAGGCUGCUGCUAAGACUAGCAAGGCUCCCGAGAAGAUCGUCGAGAAGCGGAUUCCUCAACCGACAUCCAAGACUUUUGCUCAGAAGUUCGGAAAGUCUCAAAAGGAUGGAGCGGACGAUUCAGAUCCCUUCUCCGAUGACGAUUACGCUGCUCUGAAGAGCAAGCCGGCCAAGAAGGAAUCUGUCAAGAAGGAACCCGCAGUCGUUGAGCAGUCAGAUGAUGACGAUGACGUGCCCGUCAAAGCUCGAGGCAAACGAGCUGCUGCAAGCAAGGCCAAAAACACCUGGAUUGUCGACGAUGAUGAAUCAGACAGCGAUGACGAUAAGAUGCUUGGUGAUGUUGGUGCAUUAGUCAAGGGUAUCGGAAGCAAUGCUGCCGAAGCGUCUGAGGACAAGACUGGCCGCGUUAGUUUGUUUGCUAUGUCACGACCAGAGAGCAGCCACGGCAAUGCCUCCUUGAAGGUCAAGACCAAGCCCUCGAAGACAUUCGACGUGGAUAGUCAAGACGAUACGAACUACGAAAUGCUCGCCAAGUCAUCACCACAAAAGAAAGCUCGUGGUGACGAUUUGGACAGCUUCCUGUCAGAUGACGAUCUGCCUCCCGUGUCCAAGAUGACAAGCAAGCUGAAGGCUCCUGCUUCCUCAUCGGAGGAGCCCAAGCCUGCUGCUACUCGACCCGCAGUCAAGCAAGCCCGUGGCAAAGCUGCAGCACCGAAGAGCAAGGCGAAGGAGGCUGCACCGGCUAAGAAGGCAGCAGCCCCUAAGCCGACGCAACUAUCACCAGCGGCAAAGGCUUAUGCCGCCAAGAAGGGCAAGGCCAAGGCUGCAAAGGACGUCUUUGAUAUGGAUGAGGACGAAGAGGACGAUGAUGAUUUGCAGGUGGCUGAUGAUUCCCCGCCCCCUCGCGCGGCUGCCCGUGGCAGACCUGGUCGGGCGGCUGCUGCGAAGGCUAAGCCAGUCUAUAUCAUUGACGACGAUGAUGAAGAUGAGGAGGAGGAUGUCAUGGAAGUUGACGAUCCGGAGAGUGAUGAUUUCGCCAUGGAUGAUAGCGAAUGA